AAAUCAAGUUGACUCAGAUACUCUCAAGUCCCCCUAAAAGCCCAGGACUAACCUCUCAUCUUUCUACAAGCAAUUACCUCCAGGGCAUCCAGUCAAAAGGGCCCGAUGGAUGCUGAAGGGGGCCACAACGGAAGAGCAGGGAGCUUGGAACUGGGCAAGAAAAGUAAAAAAGAUGAGAAGAAAGAAAAGAGACCAACUGUCAGUGUAUUUGCCAUGUUUCGAUAUUCGAACUGGCUUGAUAAGUUGUAUAUGUUGCUGGGGACUCUGGCUGCUAGCCUCCAUGGAGCUGCACUUCCUCUCAUGAUGCUGGUGUUUGGAGACAUGACGGAUAGCUUUGCACAUUUCGGAGAUAAAUGGAACAGUAGUGAUUAUGAGCAAAGUCUAGGUAAUUCUAACUUUACAGGACAGCUCAACAAUACUGAAGAUAUCUACAGCAAGCUGGAGAAAGAUAUGACCAGGUAUGCCUAUUACUACAGUGGGAUUGGUGCUGGUGUGCUUGUGGCUGCCUACUUUCAGGUUUCAUUUUGGUGCCUGGCAGCUGGAAGACAAGUAUAUAAAAUUAGAAAACAAUUUUUUCAUGCUAUUAUGAGACAAGAGAUCGGCUGGUUUGAUGUGCAUGAUGUUGGGGAACUCAACACCCGCCUCAUAGAUGAUGUCUCCAAAAUUAAUGAUGGAAUUGGUGAUAAAAUCGGAAUGUUCUUUCAGUCGAUAUCAGCUUUCCUCACCGGUUUUAUCGUAGGAUUUACACGCGGUUGGGAGCUAACCCUGGUGAUUUUGGCCAUCAGUCCUGUUCUUGGACUGUCGGCUGCAAUCUGGGCAAAGAUAUUAUCUUCCUUCACUGAUAAAGAACUCCUGGCUUACGCGAAAGCUGGAGCGGUAGCUGAAGAGGUUUUAGCAGCAGUUCGCACUGUGAUUGCAUUUGGAGGACAAAAGAAAGAACUUGAGAGGUACAACAAAAAUUUAGAAGAAGCUAAAAGGAUUGGGAUAAAGAAAGCUAUUACAGCCAACAUUUCUAUGGGCGCUGCCUUUCUGCUGAUCUAUGCAUCCUAUGCCCUUGCCUUCUGGUAUGGGACCACCCUGAUCCUCUCAGGGCAGUAUUCUAUUGGAAAAGUACUUACUGUGUUCUUCGCUGUGCUGAUUGGCGCUUUUAGCAUUGGACAGGCGUCUCCAAGCAUUGAAGCGUUUGCAAAUGCAAGAGGAGCUGCUUUUGAAGUUUUCAAGAUCAUUGACAAUAAGUCCAGCAUUGACAGCUAUUCUGUGAGUGGACACAAACCAGAUAACAUUAAAGGAAAUCUGGAAUUCAAAAAUGUUCACUUCAGUUACCCAUCUCGAAAAGAAGUUAAGAUCUUGAAGGGUCUCAACCUGAAGGUUCAGAGUGGGCAGACCAUGGCCCUGGUUGGGAACAGUGGCUGUGGGAAAAGCACAACAGUCCAGCUGAUGCAAAGGCUCUAUGACCCCACAGAGGGCACGAUCAGUAUUGAUGGACAGGACAUUAGGACCAUAAAUGUAAGGUAUCUGCGGGAAAUAACUGGUGUGGUGAGUCAGGAGCCCGUGCUAUUUGCCACCACAAUAGCUGAAAAUAUUCGCUAUGGCCGUGAAAAUGUCACCAUGGAAGAAAUCGAGACAGCUGUCAAGGAAGCCAAUGCCUAUGGCUUUAUCAUGAAACUGCCUCAGAAGUUUGACACCCUGGUUGGGGAGAGAGGGGCCCAACUGAGUGGCGGGCAGAAACAGAGAAUCGCCAUCGCAAGAGCCCUGGUCCGCAAUCCCAAGAUCCUCCUGCUGGACGAGGCCACGUCAGCCUUGGACACGGAGAGUGAGGCCGUGGUUCAGGUGGCUCUGGAUAAGGCCAGAAAAGGGCGAACUACCAUUGUGAUAGCACAUCGUUUAUCUACAGUUCGAAAUGCCGAUGUCAUUGCCGGUUUUGACGAUGGGGUCAUUGUGGAGGAAGGAAAUCAUGAUGAACUCAUGAAAGAGAAAGGCAUUUACUUCAAACUUGUUACAAUGCAGACAAAAGGACAUGAAAUUGAAGAAGGAGAGGCAGCUAAUGAACCCCACAGUGAAAGCAACGCCUCAGAAAUGCCCCCAAAAGAUACAAAAUCAAGUCUGUUAAGAAGAACAUCAACUCGAAAGAGUACAUCUGCACAAGCCGAAGACCGAAAGCUUAGUUCCAAAGAGGACCUGGAUGAAAAUGUACCACCUGUUUCCUUUUGGAGAAUUCUAAAACUGAAUGCCACUGAAUGGCCUUAUUUUGUGGUUGGCAUAUUUUGUGCCAUUGUGAAUGGAGGUCUGCAGCCAGCAUUCUCAGUAAUAUUCUCCAGGAUUAUCGGAAUUUUUACAGAAGCGAACGAUCCCAUAACACGACGGAACAAGAGUAACUUAUUUUCAAUAUUGUUUCUAGUUCUUGGAAUUAUUUCGUUCAUUACAUUUUUCCUUCAGGGCUUCACAUUUGGCAAAGCCGGAGAGAUCCUCACCAAGCGGCUUCGAUACAUGGUUUUCAAAUCCAUGCUGAGACAGGAUGUAAGCUGGUUUGAUGACCCUAAAAACACCACCGGAGCCUUGACCACGAGGCUCGCCAAUGAUGCUGCUCAAGUGAAAGGGGCUACUGGGUCCAGGCUGGCUGUAAUAACCCAGAAUAUAGCAAAUCUUGGGACAGGCAUUAUUAUAUCCAUAAUCUAUGGCUGGCAAUUAACACUUUUACUCUUAGCACUUGUGCCCAUCAUUGCAAUAGCAGGAGUAAUUGAAAUGAAGAUGCUAUCUGGACAUGCACUGAAAGAUAAGAAAGAGCUAGAAGGUGCUGGGAAGAUUGCUACUGAAGCAAUAGAAAACUUCCGAACUGUUGUUUCUCUGACUCGGGAGGAAAAGUUUGAAAAUAUGUAUGGACACAGUUUGCAGGUACCAUACAGGAACUCUUUGAGGAAAGCGCAGAUCUUUGGCAUCACCUUUUCCAUCACCCAGGCAAUGAUGUAUUUCUCCUAUGCUGCCUGUUUCCGGUUUGGUGCCUAUUUGGUGGCACGUCAGAUCAUGGCGUAUCAGGAUGUUCUUUUGGUAUUUUCAGCUAUUGUCUUUGGGGCCAUGGCAGUCGGGCAAGUCAGCUCCUUUGCGCCCGACUAUGCCAAGGCCAAAGUGUCAGCCGCCCACAUCAUCAUGAUCAUUGAGAAAACUCCAGUCAUCGACAGCUACAGCACGGAAGGCCUGAAGCCGGAUAGGUUGGAAGGAAAUGUGACAUUUAAUGAAGUCGUGUUCAACUACCCUACUCGGCCGGACAUUCCAGUGCUCCAGGGACUGAACCUCUCGGUGAAGAAGGGCCAGACGCUGGCCCUGGUGGGCAGCAGUGGCUGUGGGAAGAGCACAGUGGUCCAGCUUCUGGAGCGCUUCUACGACCCCUUGGCUGGGAGAGUGCUCAUUGAUGACAAAGAAAUAAAACAUCUGAAUGUGCAGUGGCUGCGAGCCCACCUGGGCAUUGUGUCCCAGGAGCCCAUCCUGUUUGACUGCAGCAUUGCCGAGAACAUCGCCUACGGAGACAAUAGCCGCGUUGUAGCACACGAUGAAAUUGUGAGCGCAGCCAAAGCAGCCAACAUACACCCCUUCAUUGAGACGCUGCCUGAAAAAUAUAGCACCAAAGUUGGAGACAAAGGAACGCAGCUCUCUGGGGGCCAGAAGCAGCGGAUAGCCAUCGCCCGUGCCCUCAUUAGACAGCCUCGGGUCUUGCUUCUGGACGAAGCAACAUCAGCUCUGGACACAGAGAGUGAAAAGGUUGUCCAGGAAGCACUGGACAAAGCCCGAGAAGGCCGCACCUGCAUUGUGAUCGCCCACCGCCUCUCCACCAUCCAGAACGCAGACUUGAUCGUGGUGUUCCAGAACGGCAAAAUCAAGGAGCACGGCACGCACCAGCAGCUGCUGGCGCAGAAAGGCAUCUACUUCUCCAUGGUCAAUGUUCAGGCUGGAGCAAAGCGCUUGUAAACUGUGAUCACAUGAGAUGUCAAUAUUUUCUAAUGCAUUAAAUAACGACAUUUAAUCGAAGCUAAGAAGCAAGUACUUAUUGGAAAAAAUAUAUAGUUACCUUUUUUUUAACAUUUCCUACACAAUUGAAGAUUAUGCUGCCAAGUUCUGAAUCCUCAGAGACGUCAUAAUUAACGGAAUAGACGGAGUAACAUCACCAAAGGGGGAGAAGAAUGGUUUUAACUGCAUUAUAAAAUUUAUGAAAUAAUUCAAAGUAGAUUUUUUUCAAAAUAAAGUGUAAUUCUG